AUGGCCACCACCGAAGCGUUCGGAAAGAACCUGGACGAGAAGGAUCCAAGCAUCAGGAAUGUCUCGCCCGACUCUCCUCAACUAUUAGCGUCACCUGCGUCGUCCGACGCCGAUGAAACCUACAACGUGUACAAGCAACAUGCUGGGGAGGAUAUUGAUCCCGACGAGGCGAAGAAGGUCCUGAGGAAGAUCGACCUCCGCAUCAUACCAUGCUUAUUCUUACUUUACCUGCUGCAAUACCUGGAUAAGAACGGUAUCAACUAUGCCAGUGCCUAUGGCUUGGAGGAAGGAACCCACCUGCACGGACAGGACUACUCUUGGCUGAGCACUAACACCACGCGAUCAGGUAUCUUCUACUUCGGUUACAUGGCAGGACAGUUCCCAGCAUCGUACCUCAUGCAGAAGCUCCCAAUUGGCAAAUUCCUCGCCUGUACCACCUUAGCUUGGGGCGUCAUCCUCAUCACAACCCCAGCAUGCGUCAACUUCGCCGGCAUUGGAGCAAAUCGAUUCUUGCUUGGAUUCGUCGAAGCCGCAGUCAAUCCAGGUUUCGUCCUGGUGAUGAGCAUGUGGUACACCGUUCGCGAACAACCAGUCCGACUCGAAUCGUACUACUGCACCAACGGUAUCGCGACCAUGUUUGGCGGCUUGAUUGGAUAUGCCGUUGGCCACAUCAACUCUGGCUUGCCUCGCUGGAUGUACGUCUUUAUCAUCUUCGGAGCCCUCAGUCUUGCUGGAGGCGUCUACGCACUCAUCACCCUUCCCGACAUGCCCUCGAAAGCAAAGUUCUUGACCGAGCGAGAGCGUUUCAUCGCGGUUGAAAGAGUUGCGAAGAACAGACAAGGCGUCAAGAACAGCAACUUCUCGAAACACCAGGCUAUGCAGACCGUCACUGACCCCAAAACGUGGAUCUUGUUCAUCAUGGCGGUCGGGGCACAGGUACCGAACAGUGCACUCACGAGCUUUACCUCCAUCAUCAUCAAAUCCUUCGGAUUCGGCACAUUGGGCACACAAUACCUCCAGAUUCCAGGCGGAGCUGUCCAAUUCUUGUCUCUGCUCGGCGGAGGCAUCAUCUGUUCCAAGUUCCCCAACAUCCGCUGCAUUGCCAUGAUCGUGGCCAACUGUAUCUGCAUCAUUGGUUCAGGACUGCUUGUCGGCCUUCCAGCCAGCAACAAGUGGGGUCGCCUGGUCGCCAUCUGGCUGUGCUAUUUCCAGGGUCUUGGAUUCUCGAUGAGUUUGACAAUGAUCAGCUCGAACGUCGCCGGAUACACCAAAAAGCAAUUGACUGGAGCCAUCCUAUUCACCGGAUACUGUGUUGGUAACAUUAUUGGACCACAGACCUUCAAGAGCAGUGAGGCGCCAGGGUACCAUUCUGCCUACAUUGCUAUGCUCGUCGGUUACGCCGUUAAAUUGGCGAUGGUCUGCCUCCUAUACUUCUACAUGUGGUCGGCCAACAAGAAGAGAGACCGAGAGGCAGCAGCACAAGGCGCGCUGAGCGAUGACGAAGAGAAAGCCGCUAUCGAGCGCGGGAUGCACGACAUGACCGAGAUCGAUAACAAGGGCUUCAGAUAUGUACUAUAG